ACCGCUACCGAGAAGGCGCACACCGGAAGUGACUUGUGGAAUGGACACUGCUCGUCGGCUAGCUAGCAGCAUGAGUGGAAUCACGUUGUUUUUAUCGGGGGUAGCGGGUCUCCGCCCCUGGACAUGUCAUUUUCUCCUUCUGCUGACAUUUUCAUCGUCGCUGCCAGCCUCGGCCAAGCCCGACAGCCUCAAGGAUGUGACGGACGGGGACUGGGAGAAGAUAAUGACCGGAGAAUGGAUGAUUGAGUUCUACGCACCCUGGUGUCCUGCGUGCCAGCAGCUGCAGCCGGUGUGGAAAGAGUUCGCGGACUGGGGGGAUGACAUGGGCAUCAACGUCGCCAAGGUGGAUGUGACGGAACAACCUGGUCUGAGUGGGCGUUUCAUCAUAACUUCACUUCCUACAAUAUACCACUGCAAGGACGGCGUUUUCCGCAAGUACCACGGCGCUCGUACCAAAGAAGAUUUCCUCAGCUUCAUCGACGAACAGAAAUGGAAAAACACGGAGCCCGUUUCUUCGUGGUUCGGGCCGUCCUCAUUUUUGAUGAACUUGAUGUCGGCUUUGUUCAAGCUCUCCAUGUUCAUCCGACAUUGCCAUAACUACAUGAUGGAGCAGCUGGGGAUUCCUGUUUGGGGUUCAUAUGUCAUCUUUGGCCUGGUCACCUUGUUGGCUGGCCUGACGUUGGGUCUAUUGCUAGUGUUCAUCGCAGAUUACGUCUUUCCUUCCCGACGAUUUUCCUCACACGAUUACUACCAGAAGAAACAGUUGAUGGAGCAGUCCCGACUGAUCCAAAAUCAAGAUGAGGACCAGGAGGCUGACGGCGAGGAGGACGAGGAGGAGGAGGAGGAUGAAGACCAGGACAGGGCCUGGAGAAGGCAAAGGGAGUCUCCCGAGGGCCAGGGCUACCCCGACGAAGCCCUGAGGAAGAGAGCGGUGGCAAGCCGCGAGGAAGACGAGGAGGACAGCUAGAGAGUCGGCGCCGGGAUUCCCGUUCUUCGUUCGAUAAGAGCACAGUGGAGUCAGCCGGAGAUGGAGGAGCUGUGGUCCUGAAUAGCAGUAUUAAGAAGAAGGGGUCCAAAAUCUUCCCACCCCCCAACCCAAGACGCACCCCACUGCACUGCACUCCCCUCCCUCCUCUGUUAAAACCAGGGGACUUCUACCUCGGCUCUCUCCACCUGAGCAGCAGGCUCCAACUGGAACAACAAAAACUUUCCUCACACGUGUUUUUACGUGCGGCGUAGGUAUGAAGUGCAGUACAGACGAAUUUCGAUUCGCUGUUUAUGCUAUGCAUUGUUUUUCCAAAAUAGUUGUUUUUUUCUUUGAAUUCUAACAAGCUUUGGUCUGUAAAUUUUACUCUACAAAUGGGUCAUUUUGUUCUGCACACAUAAACACACACAAACAUCAUUUGACAUUCUGCUGGUAGGCUAGUUUUAAUCCUUAAUACGUCAAAUCUGGUUAGCUUCGUCAUAUUCACGUGAAAGUGCUGAUGUUUAAAACGGCAACAAUUGCCACAGGUUAAGUUGAGUUCAAAUUAAACCCCUGGAUGAUUCACAUGGAUCUGGACUUUUUAUGUGUGGCGAAUGUCUUAAAGUAAACUAGAUUUGGUUUAAUAUGAACGCAGCAACUCUCCAAAACACACUCGAUGAUCUGUGGCUGCAGCUUCCUUCCCAGUUCACGAUUUAACGCUUUAAUGAUUAAAGUUUCGCUUACCGCGUUCCAGUGAAGACAGAAUCGAGUUUAAAAAACAAAACAAAACAUAAAAGCAGCACUUAUGUAACUUAAAAGGAACCACGUGCAAUAAAAUGUAUGAAGCCUUGGGUUUAAAAAAAAACACACAGGAAGUUAUGAGGCAGGAACUCCUUUAACAUAAGAUGCUCAGUUGUCAUGUAAGUUUGAGUUGCAGUGUAUAUAUUUUACUGAAAUCUUCACUAUAAGCACAUUCAGACUUUCUUUGGGAGGGAGGGAGAAAAAAAAUAUUUUACUCACUCCAAACGUAGUUCAUGGUGUGUUCGUAUUGCUUGGACAUGGAUUAUGUUGCUGUCAUUUUCUGUUCUGUUUUUUUUUUUUUUUUUUUUUUUUGCCGUUAUGAAUGUUUUCUUUAGGAACCUCCUAAAUGUUCUGCUGACCUGCGGUUGAGGCAGCAGACUGUAUGCAUGCUGAAAGGCAAUAAAAAAAAGGACAAAGUGAGGGUUAGACGAAGGUUAGGUUUUGGUUUGCAGUGCUGUACACAGCUGAGAGACUUUGUCUACUUAAGUUUUAUUUAUUUUUGUUUCGUUUUACCUUUUUCCAAAAAUUCAAGCAUCUGAUUCAAAGCUACAAAAGUCACUUAUUGCUAGAAAAAGGAGUGUCUGUCGUUUCACCUGCAUUUUCACACACUUCCCAUUGUUUUUCUAGGGCUUGUGAUGAACUUCACGGACUAUUGAAACACUUAAAUAUUUUUUAUAAUUUCUAAAAACGGAUGCGUUCAUUUGGAAAUCCCUCAAUUGGUCAGUUUUAUUUGUUUGUUUGUUUUGUUUUCUGAUCGCUAUUUAUGGCUUGUAGCAUUUUCACUCUACUCCGGGCAGCUUCUGCUCUUCAUUUCUUUGAAUGAAAGUUUAACAAUAAAAAAUUUAUUAAAAGAAAA